UUCUCAAACAGCCACACUUCCACGUCGCGUCUUUUCCUUUCAUGCACAUUACACACCUGGAGCUCUGCCUCUUGCCAUGUUUGGCUUAGCUAAGCUACAACAGCACCCUCACACACUCUCUCUCUCUCUCUCUCUCUCUCAGUCAGAGACUCUCAAAGACAUGGAAGCUACUUACCCCAACUCAACAUUCACCGACCCACCGCGGCUGCCGCCAGAGACACCAACAUUUGAUGAAGAUGAUGAAUAUGGCUUACCAAAACCAACAGAUUGGUUCUCAAAGCUUGCGUCUUUACAAAUCGACUUGAUUUACAACUGCUUUGCCACUCUCUCCGCUCCCAUUUUCUCCCUCCUGUCCGCCGCUUCCGAGUCCUACCACCAAGCCGAGAAGGCCAAAGAAACCGUCGAAACUGUCGUCCACCAGGUCCCCUCCACCAUCACCUACGGCAGCGCCCUCCUCCUCAAGAAGAUCGGAUUCGGGCUUCUCGGGGCCGCUUAUGUCUUCAUGGUUUUGGUCAUGGUUUUGCUUUUAUCCGCUCUUUUCGGAAUUGGGUUGGUGAAUCUUUGGGUGGAGGAGCCGGUGUCGUCAGGGAAGGGCUGCACUUCGAUUACACGGAGCCUCAUCCGACGGCUGUCUUUGCUUUUGAUUCUGCUGAUGAUAUUUACCGACAUAAGAGUUCAUAUUCUAGGAAGUAUGUGAGGGGAAUUCCUGUUGGACACACUUUUGAUGUCUCUUUGGUGCUUUUGAUGCCUGAAUCUGAUUUCAAUAGGGACAUUGGUGUCUUUCAGUUGAGUGCAGAACAAUUGUCAGUGAACGGUGAUGUAAUUACAAGAUCAAGCCAGCCCUGCAUGCUGCGAUUUAGAAGCUUCCCGGUUCGACUCACACGAACAUUUCUGAUGGGAGUUCCUCUGCUGCUAGGAAUCUCUGGUGAAACCCAGAAGCUAACGGUCCAAAUAAUCAAGAACAAGGAAGGGCAUUAUCCAAGAACUCAAGCCAUAAGAGUAACUUUGAUUCCAAGGGCCGGAACGUCGUACAUUCCACAGUUGUACGAAGCUGAAAUUGUGAUGAACUCCCAGCUUCCUUGGACUAAACAAUUGGUGCGCAGCUGGAAGUGGACAUUCUACGUCUGGACCUCUCUAUACAUUUAUGUUAUGUUCCUCGUACUUCUCAUGAUUUGUUGCAGGCCACUCUUCUUUCCCAUGACGAUGAUCAGUGCCGGUACUGCCGCAACCCCAGCAGCAGGGGACGUCGCUGAGGUGCCGAGUUAUAGCAGUAACAGAGAAUCAUCCUCUGCAGAGCGGAGGCGACGUGCUAGGGGAUCACGAGCCAUAUCUAGAGAUGACGAGAGCGAGGAUGUUCAAGAGCUGCUAAGAAAAUGGAAACGAAGCAGAAGCAAAAGCAAGGCAAUCUACUUGCAACCUGGGGAUUUGAAUUUGCCAGAAACUGUUGGCUCAUCUGGACCCUCAACGAUCAGCAUUACAAGAGACGAUGCAAGCGUUGCUGCUCCCGAAGAAGUCGGGGACUCGGAAUCGGUCUGUUUAUAAGGCGAUGUAAACCGUGUAAAAAA